CAGCUGGGUCCCUGGAGAGGAGCGGUACACAAAUUCCACACGAGACGAGGGGAGUAGCGGGAAAAUCCAAGGCUCGGCGGAGGGGCAGAAAAGGCAGUUCGGAGGGGAAGAAAUGGGGUUCAAGAUAAAAUUCAAGAACCUUCUGCGCGCGGCAUCCGCCGCGGGAAGCAGCCGAUACGGCGGCGGCGCCGCCGAGGCUACACCGACGACGCCACCACGGGUUCCGCUCCCACCGCCGCCAGCAUCGCCCAUCUCACCGCCCCCGCUUCAGGCGCCACGACCCCCUCCGCGUCCCGCCGGCAAGGACACGGAUGAAGGACCGGACGAUGAGAAUUCGCAGGAGGUGGCAGAUGAUGAGCGCAAAAACUGGAAGCAACUUCUGGAUGGCAAGCGAACAUACCUCCGACCACCAAGGGAGCACCAUGUUGUCAGUGAUGUUUUCAAGUGUCCAGAUACUCGUAAAGCUGCAUUAGGACGCCAGAAACGACUCUCGCGUUUGGUUGAGAAACAUUCAAAGAAUUUCUUCAAGGAAAAGAUCAAGAUUCUCUGUCAGCAUUAUGCGCACUUCAGAAGAACUCGUGGAGAUGGCAGCUGUUUCUACAGGGCAUUCUUAUUCUCCUACUUGGAAAACCUUGGAUUAAUGCAAGAUAGUCAAGCUGAAGUUACUCGUCUAAUGGAACAUGUGGCUAUGUCCAGAGAGAAUUUCUGUCGUCUGAAAUGGGAUAAAGCAUACUUCUUAAAUCCUGAAGAAUACUUUUCAAGUGUUGUUUCUGAGUUCAGUCAUUUGGUUAACUCAGUUGCGAAUGGUCUGAGUUCUGAUGAGCUGUACAAUAGAAGUAUACAGGAGAUCGUGCCACUCAGGAUUAUUUCUUUGCUAAGAUUGCUGGCAGAGACUGAGAUCCGAUCACGAGAAGACGAUUUCAAAUCACUUCUCCCAAAAGAAAUGGAUGCCCUUACGCUUAGAGUUUCCUACACUAUAUAUUCUUGACUCAACUAAUAGAUUAUCUGUCCUUUAUGUUGUAACUAGAACAUAAAAAGCGCGCGUUGCCGCGCCCGUCAAUUAUAAGGUAGAAUGAAGGUAAAAUAUAACAUUUGAAUAAUACAAUUACCUGAAAAUAAUUGGAUGUUAGAUUUCGGAAAAUCUCUUCCAAAACUGCUUGGGUCAGUGAUGUAGAUCAAGGAAAAAAAUCUAUGUUUUGUUCAAGCUAGAAAAUAUUCUGAUUUCACUAAACUGUCGGUUCAAAUGGGUCACACUAAUGAUGCAUACAUAUUAUCGUGGUGUUUACAAAGUUUCCGUUCAAAAUUGAGCAUACCGUGAUACCACUGGCAGAUCUACCAUCUCUCCCGCCUUAUGUGAGAUAAGUUUCUAUAGUGAGUUUGUAUGAAAAAUUAAAAUUAAUAAAAUCGUAGACAAUCCAGGCUUCGAGAAUUUUCUCGGUUUGCAAUGUGUUUUGAAUUAAACGGCUCCAGCUUGUGCAUGUGUACAUGUGACUUCAGCUCACUUGCCGUGACUUUGUUAUUCGCUCAAAGAGUUAUACCUCCUCGGACGCUCUAUGAAACCAAAAACUCCUCACUAUCAUCUGUUCAUGUUGGUUCCUGCGUACCACAAUUAGGAUAUGAAAUCUAUACAACAAAACAGAAAUUUUCAUAUAGCCUUCAAAUGUGAAGAUAAGAUAAAGUUGCUAGAGACAUACCUUACAGGAACUCAGUUAUGUUGCUGUCAUAAAUAAUAAUGCUUAGCAUGAAGGUGGGAAGCAUCUAUUUCCAUUCCUCCCAUGCCUGUUUUUAAAUAAAAAUAAGAGCACGUUAGCAAGAAAAGAACCUUUCAAGUUUCAAGGAUGCUGAAUUAAUCGGCAAUGAAAACACACACCCUCAUAUAAGGCUGGUAAUAACUAAUAUGCUCUCAUGAGUAAACACGAGCUAUAGUUACCACACUUGGCAAAGCUUAAGUACCAAAACAAACACAUCCUCCAAAGCUACAUCACUGCAGGCAGAGUAGAGCAGUAUUUGCACACUUGUUUCUGCAUACGGAGAUUUUACCUCGACUGAUGCAACCUUGAAAUAGUGGACUAAUCACAACCUAAAUCUUUCCUGUAGAGCACGCGGUCCUUUUGGAUUAAGGUAAAGUUAUGAUUUCCCUUCUAAACACCAAAACUGAUAUUUCAUAAAGCAUGCAUCAGAACUGGUAAGCAAAUCUUGCCUUAUCAUACAUAAUAGAAACAUUAGCAACGAGAAUCGGUACAGAAGAUGGAGAUUGUCUCAUAAUCUUGGGGCUCUUGAUCUGUACUGUUUUUGGUCAUUGAUCUCAUGGGGCAGCCGAGAACGCUAGCUACUUGGUUGAGAGGAAACUCUCAGUAAUGAACAAACAGUACCAAAGUAAUGGAGGGGGACGCCAGCAGAGGACAGCAGCCAGCAGGGAAUGGACGGCGACGACACGUGCUGCCGCCAUGGAGCAGGACACGGCAUGGGAAAGAAGGGAUCCACCAUGGGGGGGGGGGGUGCGGUGGAACAGUAGAGGGCACCGACUCCCAGAGGUGCAGUAUAAUCUCGCCGUCGGGAGGAACAGAGGAGCAAAGGGCUGGCGAGAAACGAAGGUGGAAGGUGGGAAGGCUUUGCACGUUCCACUGGACCUCCUGGGCCUUUAACCUACACGGCCCGAUUACCCACACAACGCGCAGCUCGUUCCGCGGAGCAGGGGCCGGCGAAACGGCUACUCAAGCGGAUCAGACUGUUGAAGGGAUUAUUAAUUAGCGUAAGAAACCUGUGGGAUGACCGAGCUCAAAUCUUGGACGUUCGUGACAGUGAUCCGACGACGGGGAGCUCCAAAUCGCUGUGGUGGCUCAUAGGUCACUGCGUUAUACUGUUUUUUAAUAUUUUAAUUCAAUAUCAACGUUGAGUAUUUUCUAUGCAUAAACAUGUAAACCUCAGUAUUAAAAUUGUGCCACUCUGGACAAUUUUAAUGUGAACUGAAAUGAGAUAAUCAUGAAGAAUAAGUCAACCAAUACAGAUUACGCUCACUGUUGCAUAUUUUUGGUUUUGGUAACAGUAUUGCUGCAAGGAGCUGCGUCCUCUGGAUGUUGAAGCCGAGGUGCUACCAAUGAGGGCUCUAACAUAUGCGCUUGGCAUUCCGUUGCGUGUCGAAACUGUGGGCGAAGGUUCGGAUCGUGGAAUUCAAGUGGAGCGCCUUGAUUUAUUCCCCCGAUCGGAAUCGGGGAAGGGUCCUCUUCAUUUGGUACAAAGCUACUGGUCAUCCAUCACAACCCCUGAACCACAGGAUAUCGGAAGUGGCAACUUGUUAUCAUCUGACGGCACACCUUUGCUGACAUUGUUGUGUAGGCCUAGGCACUGUGACAUUCUUUAUCGCAGUGAACAAAACUAAGUGUAGAAAUAUCACUUCCUGUAGCCUACCUGGCAAGAAAAAUACUGGAUGACGGUGUAGAAAUCUAGUGAUACUACGGGCUUUCUUUUAUUGGCAUCUGCUCUCACAGUACUUGUGAUUAAUCUUUGAGCAAAAGCCAAAAGCUGCUUCGUUGGCUUGUACAUGGUGUGUUCUUCUUGAUGUUGUCCACAACUGCUUCUGUAUUUGGUGGUAUGCUAGUCGUUUUUUGUUUC